AUGCGAUCCCUAAUCGCUUACUACGCGGACGUGAUGUCGGCGGCGGCGCGCGACGCGGGCUGCGCGCUCGGCUGCAACGGCCGCGGCGACUGCAUGAACGGCACCUGCCUCUGCGAGAUACGGUACGCGGGCGACGAGUGCGCCCGCCCCAACAUGCCGUACCACGCAUGCAUCGGGGGCGUAUUCCUCGUGGUCGCGUUCGUGUGCGCCGUCCAGCUCACCGUGUGCGUGGUGACGGAGUACCGCCGCCUGAAGGCGCCCAGCUUCCUGCGCGCCUGCAAGGUCACCACGCAGAAGAUGCUCUACCUGGUCGCGUUCCUAGCGUCCCUCAUACGCGGCGCCUACUUCGUGUCGCCGUCGGCCUUCCAAGAGGGAUGGGCUACCACCUUGCUCUCGGCUUACUACCCGCUACUGCUGUCGGGUUCUUCACUCAUCGUCUGCUUCUGGGCAGAGGUGUUCCACCUACGCGACAUCCGCUGGGAGCGACCGCGCUUCCUCUCCAAGUCGUUCUUGGCUUUCGUGACCUUCAACCUGAUCAGCUACUCACUGCUGGCCGCAGAGGUGCUCACCACCAACGUCACCACUUCUAUCGAGAAGAAGGGUUUCUACCAGCACAUCUUCAACGGAUGCUAUGCCGUGUUGCUGUUCAUCGUGGUGAUUUUCUUCCUCAUUUAUGGCGUCGAAGUUUAUUUCAAGCUUCGCGGCGAAUUCCUGAAGGAGACGAAGGUAUGCACCAUCAUAUCGGCCCGUCCGGGUCCUUCCACGGCCGGCGACGGCGAGGGGGUCCAGGAUACCCUAGUCACUAAGCAGGGCAUACAGACGGACCUCGCGGAUCGCGACGGCACCGUGGACCCGCGCUCGGUGGACCACUCGCAGCUGCACCAGUCGCGCGUCGGCCUGGUGAGCCAGGCGCUGAUGCUGAUACUGAUCGCGGGCUUCCUCGCAUCGGAGACGCUCAGCGAGUUCUGGAAGAACAAGGUGCCCGUUGUCUCGCGCAGCUGGCACGACGUGGUGUUCCGCCUGGCGGAGAUCGGGGUCGCGCUAUGGUUCCCCUGCGUGCUGUGGAACUCGAUGGCGCCGGAGCGGCUGUGGCUGCUGAACCCGAGGCGGCUGCUCGCCAGGCAGCUGGACGACGAGCGCCUCUCUGACCUCCUAGCGCACCAUCACGACUCCAAGAACGUCGAGACCGACUCGCUUGUGGGCAGCGUCGGUUCCGCCCGCGACUGCUGGAUCUGCUACGACGGCGCGAGGGCGGAGCCCCUCAUCAGGCCCUGCAGGUGCACGGGGGACGUGUCCGCCGUGCACCACGACUGUCUGCGCCGCUGGCUCAUCGAGAGCGCUACAACACCCGAUGGCCUUAAGUGCAAGGUGUGCAACACUCCCUACAUCGUUCAAGAGACGAACAGGGUGGAGUGGGAGCGGGGCUUCACGUGCGUGCACUGGGUGCGCACCGCGCUCGCCGUGUCGUGCAUGGUGGGGGCGGGCGCGGCCGCGUGGGUGAUGGUGCAGCUCUUCCCCUCGCCGGUGGUGCGCGUGCUGUGCGCCGGCGCCGCGCUGCUCGUCUGCUACGUGGCCGUGCGGUUCCUGAGCAUGAACACGGUGAUCGCGUACCAACGGGCGAAGGUGUCCUCGCUGAGGAUCCUCACGGAGCCGCUGGCCGACGUGCAGAUGAGCGAGCAGGGCCAGCUGUCCACCAUCAGCAAGACGGUCACCGUCGAGAUAGCCUCCAAGGCGGUACUAGACCGGGCGUUAAAGGGCGACGUCAACAAA